AUGAAUGGAACGGGGGAUACGGAGAGCUACGAGCAGCUGGUGAAGUACGGGUCAAUGCUCAAAGCUUACCGAGAAAGGCAGCGGUCGCAGCUGCAGACUAUGGCGGGUGCUCAACAGGAGGUCUUCGGGGAAAUUUCCUCCAAAGUUCUUUCUGGACGGAUUGUGACGAGGAAGGCGCAAACGGUGAUAGAGGAAGUCACCUACAAGGGAGAGUGCUUUGCUGGGGAAAGAGAAGUACUUACCGCAGCUUCAAGGUACUUUACAGAGGCUUUUGCUGCGCAGGAGGGCGUGGUGAAGGAAGCUUGGCGUGUUGACCCGAACAAGGUCCUUGGGGUGCUGGAAAAAGAGAUGCUGAGGGCCUCCUGGUCGGAAGAAGAGGUUUUGGCGGCGAUCAAGCAGCUACCGAAAGGAAAGGCGCCGGGGUUGGAUGGUCUCCCCAAGGAGUUCAUUGAGGAGAACUGGGACAUGCUUGGCCGGCCUUUCCUUCGUUUCAUCAAGGAGUUUGAAGCCUCUGCGGCGCUCCCGUCGCAAAUGACAACGGCGGUGACCAUACUGCUGCACAAGAAAGGGGACAAGGGGAAAUUAGAAAACUACAGACCCAUAACGCUACUAAGUGCAGCAUACAAAAUCGUGGCGAAAGUGCUGGCGAACAGAAUCAAGAAGGUUUUACCGAUGGUGAUCUCGGAGCACCAGUAUGGUUUCAUACCAGGAAGGAAGCUGGCAGAUGCAGUCAACGUUGUGGCUGAUGUGGUCGACGCGGCAGCAGCGGGGAGAGCAGAUUGGUACCUUCUCUUGGUCGAUUUUCAGAAAGCGUAUGACUCAAUCUCCAGAGACUACAUGUUUCAGACUUUGGAGCGCAUGGGUUUCCCGGAAGAAUAUGUGAACUGGACGAAGGGUCUGCAUGAUCAGUCGGGAACGCAGCUGCUGAUCAACGGAUGGUUGGGAGAACGGGUGGGGAUGGAGAGAGGAGUGCGCCAGGGCUGUCCGCUAGCACCAUACCUCUUCAUCUGCGCAGCUGAGCCACUCAGUCAGGAGAUAAAGAGACGGCGGCUGGGUGUAUGGAAGCGUGGAAUCGGUGAUGUGGCAUAUUUGGGAUAUGCGGAUGAUACGACGGUGGUGCUGAACAGGAAAGAGCAAGUUGGAAGAGCGUGUGAGCUGCUGGAGGAGUUUGGUGAGCUGUCCGGGCUCAAAGUCAACAAGGAUAAGACGGUGGUUGUCCCGCUGGGGAAGAAUCAGGACGUACCUCCACCGGCAGAUGCGCCUUACCCCUGGGCAGGAAAAAAUGAGCCGCAGAGGUUGCUGGGUGUCUGGAUAACGCCGGGUGGAGACCCGACGCCGUCAUGGGAGAAGGCGGCUGACAGAGCAGGGGAGGUGAUGGUGAAGUGGCAGAAUCAGCACAUUAAUACAUCGACGCGUGUCACGGUGCUCAACUCGUAUGCCACGCCGAUUCUCCUCUUCCAAGCUCAAGUCUAUCCACCUCCCCGGGGGACAUGGAAAGAGUUCCGCGCGACCAGUCACAACUUCACGUCCAGUGGGAAGGCAUCGGCUGACCGACAUUUCGUCCUCUGGAGCGGGGACCUGGCCUACACGAGCAGGAAAGAGGGGGGACUGGGGGUCAUUAAUCCAACGGUCCGGAUGGAGUGUAGCUCUGUGACGGCGCGGUGGGCGCUGAAGGCAUGGAAAGCGGCGCCGGACGAAUGGAAAGCGGCACUGCUGGAAAAACUGACAGGCGAAGAGGUGCUAAAAACAACUCGAUUUGCCAGCACGCGCUCCUUGGCAGGGAGAGAGAUGUACUGGCAACUAAUAGCACGUGACGGCGACGAGAUUCUUGGCAAAUCAGCUGCGGUGGGGAAGAAAGGAGAGGUGCUGCUAUCAGACAGGGCUGGUCAGGUGCGGCUUGCGGUACACAGGCUAACCCCGCUGGUGGUGGAAAAUGGGGUGCUGAUGGGGGAAGGGGGCCUUCCUCUCACACGGCUCAGGACGUCGGUGCUAUGUGCGAAGGGCAAAGGCGCUCCUCUGAAAAAGUUGAGAGCGGAGCUGAGAGGGCCAGUCAAACAGCCGAAGCAGCAGAAGAAGUGGGAGCAGGAGUAUGGGAAGCCGAUUGACUGGAAGGAGUCUAUCAGGAAACGGGACACACUGGUCACUCCGGGCAGGGCAAGAGAAGUCAUUCUGAGGUUGCACAGUAAGAACCUCCAAGUUGGCGACAGGUUACACUUCAUGCGUGAUCGCAUCAGCUGCCCGCACUGCAAGGAAGAUGAAACCCUAGGACACUGUUUGCUGGAGUGCGACAGCAUACAACCUGUCAUUGGCGCGCUUAAAGGGGCGUUGAAGCAGAUGAAUCCGACAAGGGAGGUGGAAAGGCUGGAGGACUUUCUGUUUGCCGCAGAUGGCACGUCAUCUGGCUUCCCUGAAAAGCCGCUGAUUGCGGUGGCUUUCCAUCGGAUAUGGCUCGAGCGGUGUGAGGCAGCUUUCCGGCAGGACAAGUUUCAACCGCGGAGAGUCCUCAGGAAGAUUGGGGUGAAUUUUAUGAAACACGUCAGAAUCUACAGUACCUACAAGAAACAAGCGACAAAAGAGGAGGCAAGUGGGGCGGGACAAUGCUGGCCCCAUCUGGCGAGGGACGAGGCUAUGCUGUUGAGCCGGAUUUUUCAGGACGAGGACACGCUGACGUGGAAGGAGGAGUUCAGAUCGGUGUGGGCCAACCCGAGAACUGUCUUUCACCCACCUUAG